CGCGCGCCGCGCAGUCCGCUGCAUGCCGCUGGACGUGGCGCACGUUGCAAAACCGCAAUCGCAAUCGUCAUGCUGCUAUCGGAAGUCGUGAAGUCGCUGAUAACACACUGCGGCGGUCGGUGCGGCGCUUUACGGAACUAAUCAAUAAACAAACGAAGAGCGACAAAAAUCAACAACCAAUCAACUAAUCUGUUUUGCAAAAUCAUGCUGGAUUCAUAUGAAUAAAACAAUAUUUUGUGCGUUUGUGAAUGUGCUAAUUGUCGGGCUGUUAUAAUGUGCGGAGGUGUCGUGGAACAGCUCGUGCUUGGCUGAACGUCGAGCGGUCGUUGUCGAGGAAUUUCUAAAGCAGGCCGCGCGUGGAAGGAGAUCGAGUGCGCGUGCGCGCGCUACUCAACCGCCGGCCGUCGUGAUGUCGGCAGUGUGUCUGGAGGUGUCGGGGGGACGCCGCGCGCCGCCACCAGCGCCGCGUGAACGUCUUACGCUUCAGUUGAACCGCAGCCUGAGCGAGCCGGGCCCACCUAGCCUGCCCUCACCGACCACCACAUCCGCCGCCAGCAGUCAUAACGCGCAAGCGGCGCCGUUCUUCCUCAGCCCGCACCCGAAGCGCUGCAAGCUGGAGUCCUCCACAGCCACCACCGGCAGUAUAAGCCUGCCGACCAGCCCCUGUGCUGAAUCAGGCACAUUACAACGAGCGCUGGUGCUGAGUAAAGUCUCUACAAUAGAUGCAGAUGGGUUACAGGGCCGCCUUGCCGCCUCCAGAUGUCCGGCUAGUCUCAGCCGGGCGGAGAUGCUUAUCGUCGACUGUCGGCCAUUUAUGUCCUACAAUGUGUCACACAUUGGCGGAGCUAUCAAUCUGAACUGCUCGGAUAGAUUCAAUCGUCGGCGGCUGCAGCAGGGCAAGGCGUGUCUGGCGGAUUUGGCGACGACGCGCGAAGGGAAGGAAGCACUGCGCAGGCGCACCGCACGACAGGUGCUCGUCUACGACGACGCCACCGCCGACGUGGAGCGCGUCACACAGCAGCAUCCCUUGUUUCUGGUGCUCGCGUCCUUGGUGGAGGACAAUCGGGAGCCGGUGCUAUUAUUAGGGGGUCACCGCGAGUUCCAUCGCAGGCAUAAAGACUUUUGCGAAGACACACUCGCCGCCGGCAUGUGCUCAUCGGCGCGUGGCGGCGGCGCCGCGACGCCCACGUCGACGGCCGAUAUCGAAACACAUCCCGCAUCGCGGGUCCUCCCCUACCUCUACCUUGGCAAUAGUCGCGACGCUGCCGACCUGAAGGGCCUCCAGGAUCUGGGCACAACAUGCGUGCUCAACGUCACCUCACAGCUGCCUGGUUAUCAACGAGAGUGCGGUAUUACCUACAAGCAGAUACCCGCCUCCGACUCCGGCCAGCAGAAUCUGAAGCAGUAUUUCGAGGAGGCUUUUGAAUUUAUCGAGGACGCGAGGAAAAAGGGUUCCAAAGUAUUAGUGCAUUGCCAGGCGGGCGUAUCGCGCAGCGCCACCAUCGCCAUCGCUUACAUAAUGAAGUACAAGCAAAAGUCAAUGGUGGACGCGUACAAAAUGGUCAAAGCCGUACGGCCGAUCAUCUCCCCUAACCUCAACUUUAUGGGUCAACUGCUUGAGCUGGAACAGAGUUUGCGCACGGCGGAAACCACCGGCAAAUCAAGCACAUGCCUACAAUAUCGCUGGAGCGCAGCGCCACCUGGUGAAGAGGUGGCGCCCGGCUGCAGUGUAUAAGCCACCAGCGUUGUGCCGCCAUUUUGAGUACAUUCUAGUCUACACACAAAUCAUACAUGAACCAAGGCUGUGCAACCCUUAAAAAUCAAGAUAUUCGAUCGGAGGCAGGGGCUGAUGGAGCAGAACGCCGAAGCGCCGCGAGUACUUACAUUAUUCAACGAGGGACAUUUGAGGAAUGCGCGCGUACAGCGUAUAUAUGGCCGCCAUGUUGGCGCUGUCAUACUUAUAACCUAAAUCUAACCUAAUCAUGUAUAUCUAUUGUAUAUCUUAGUUAAGAGAGACGAAACGGUUGUUCCUCACUUAUUAAUGUCAUAGCACACACAUACUCACCCCCACCACACACGAGUCGACUCCCACCAAUCGAUUGCAAGAAGACACGUGUAAAGCAUAGGGAGUCGAUUAUUAGUCAUAUUUAUUUUGGUCCGCAGCGCGUGAUCGACAAGGGCGAGAAAGACUGUGGCAACUUUUCACACCAUACUUCGUAUUUAUUUAUCUUGUAUCAUUAUAAUAUUCGUCUUUCUCGUUGGUUUCUCGCCGCUCGGAUUACAAUUGCCAUUUUGCCAUUAUGUUGUUGCGAAUUUUAUCGAUAUUCUUAGUCAGGGCGCGUGCGCCACCUAGCGGAGGAGAGAGCGUUUAAUAUGUUGUAUAACAAACAGUGCCUUUACCAUACAAUUAUACAUAUGAUACAUAUAUAUUGUACUACUACUAGCUAUUAUGAGUUGUAAUUUAAACAAACACACACACACAUAGACACUGUACAUAAAACGAAGCGUCUAGCUUAUUUUGUAGUCGUUAAGAAGCGCCGAUAAGCCGCGCACAAGUACAACGCGACAACCAUUACCAUACCGUGGAGAUGAUGUGUGCAUCGAUGCAAGAUGUCGGAGAGGAAUAGAAAUAUAUAUCGAACUGUGUAUUAUAAAAUAUCGGAGCAUAUGAUAAGCAUAUACCUAAACCCGCGAGACUGUCAGAUGAUAAAAUUUAUGAUGAGCGUUAGGGAGUUUUGCCCGACAAAGUACACAAUAUAUUGUACUGACGUGAUGAAAAUAUAUAAAACAUUUCGGAUGAA